AUGAACAGAGUAGUAAAUUGUGUUUCUUAUUUCUUUCAAGGUAUUGCGCAGCGAUGCACAGCUAUCAAGUACCACUUUUCUCAGCCAAUCCGCUUACGCAACAUUCCUUUCAAUUUAACCAAGACAAUCCAGCAAGAUGAAUGGCACCUGCUUCAUUUAAGAAGAAUCACCGCUGGGUUCCUGGGCAUGGCUGUGGCCGUCCUUCUGUGUGGCUGCAUUGUGGCCACGGUCAGUUUCUUCUGGGAGGAAAGUCUGACCCAGCACGUGGCUGGACUCCUGUUCCUCAUGACAGGGAUAUUUUGCACCAUUUCGCUCUGCACUUACGCUGCCAGUGUCUCUUAUGAUUUGAACCGGCUCCCGAAGCUAAUUUAUAGCCUGCCUGCUGAUGUGGAACAUGGCUACAGCUGGUCUGUCUUUUGCGCCUGGUGCAGUUUAGGCUUUAUUGUGGCAGCUGGAGGUCUCUGCAUCGCUUAUCCGUUUAUUAGCCGGACCAAGAUUGCACAACUAAAGUCUGGCAGGGACUCCACUGUAUGACUGUCCCCACUCAAGGCCCGUCCAUAGUGCGGGUGACUGCUGAGGCGAGCAGAGCCCAGGUUCACAUCAGGAUUCCAAGCACAAAGCGGUCUUUUACAUUCCAACCUGUUGCCUGCAAGCCCUUUCUGGAUGACUGAUAAAAAAAUCAUGCAAAACCUCCCAACCUUUCUAAGGACGAGACUACUGUGGAUUCAAGUGCUUUAAUGACUAUUUAUGCUUUGACUGUGAGAAAUAGGGAGCAGUGCCAUGGAACACUUCUAGGUGUAGAAAAAGAGGAAUGGAAAAAUUUGUAUGAUUUUCAUUUCUUUCAGAGAGUUUGUAUAUAACAGUUACCUGAGAGUCAUUUCUAUUUGGAAAAGGAUUCGUAACAAAGCAAGUAUAAUUUUCUUGUCAUUGUACCAAGCUUGUUAAAUUUUAAUGCAGCAUCUUCAGAACUUGUCCUAAUGGUGUCUUGUUGUGUCAGCACCAAAUAUUUGUGCAUUAUUUGUGGAUAUUCCUUGUCACAAGAAGAUUCUAUGUUGCCUUAUUUUUUUAAAUUGAAGUCUCUUCUCUGUCUUUAUACUGAAAUUGAAAUCGUAACACAAAAACAAAACCAGAUCAACCGUGUAAGAGCUAAUCUGUGACACUAUGCAGUAUUGUUUAAAGUCCUAUCUGUUGUUCAACUUGUCUCUUUAUGUUAACUGGAUUUCUGCAUUAAAUGACUGCCCCCUUGUUAA